CAGUUUUUGAUUAUCUAAUCAACCUAUAUAAGAUGAGGUACAUCUUAUUUUAAAAUCUAUUUUAAAUUUAUUAUUUGUGUACGAGUUUAAAAUAUUGAAAGUACAUACACACUCUGUUGUUAGAAAGCCGUGAAGAAAAUAGAAUAUUUUUGGGCUCGAUCAACAUUCCUAAUGGAAUCAGAUAUGUUGCUGAUAGCCUUGUUGUUGAUGUUAUAUCCAAACGAAGGAAUUUGUGGAUCUUGUUCGUUCAGUGGCCAUACCUUUUACUGCAGCAAAAUAAAUCAGGGCCAGUUUAUAUACGAAAUAUUUAGACAAGAAGAGUAUUUAUCAAGUAAUUAUGUAAAUACGAUAAUAAUUGAGGACUCCAAUUUUGAGACCAUUGAUGACUUCCCUAAUUUAAGUGAUUUAUUGCCAAAUAUAACUAUAACAGAUUUAGCCAUCCGCCGAUCAUCUAUAAGAAGUAUAUCUGACAGCAUCUUCAACGUGUUUAAUCAGUUGGUAAAUCUUGAUUUAAGUGAAAAUUACAUAGAAAAUGUUACGUUUUGCGCUGAUUUAUCAGUUUCCGUUCAGACGCUAAAUUUAAGUCACAAUAAUAUUUCUAUUAUUGAUAUAAGCAAAAGACAAGUAGUUUUAGAUUACCUAGAUUUAAGUUAUAAUAAUCUUACCGAAUACACUGAGUCUUCGACUGAUCGGGAUUUCGUGGGAAAGUCUCUUGACCUAAGCUAUAAUACCUAUUUAACUAACGUUUCUCUUUUAGAAAAAAAUGUUCUAUACAUUUUAGGAUGUAAUAUUAAAAAUUUUGUCGAUGACUUGACGGUAAAAAAAAUAUUUACUGACUUUUUACCUUACCAUUACAUUAAUGUAGUUGAUUUGUUUACAAUUUCUAAUACAAAUUUAAAUUCCUUAUCAACUGAAAAUUCAAAACUCAUAAUAUCCUGUGAAAGUAAUCACACUGUGUUAGAUUUUUCUAAUACCAAUCUAACGAAAAUUGAAAAAAAUUUUUUUGAUAAUAUUACUGCGGGUGCCUGUUUUGAACUAAAUCUUAGUUUCAAUAACCUCUCUAAUUUAAAGGACAGUAUAUUAGGAAAAGCAGGAAUUAAAAAAAUAGAUCUAUCAUUUUCUGAAUUAAAAGAUAUUAAUUUCGAAGUUUUUGAAUCAUAUAAUCGUAUAGCUGAAAUAAAUUUAACAGGAAAUUAUUUAGAAAGGAGUAUUUGUGGUGGAGACAUUGUUUUAUAUAGUAUGUAUUCUCUAGACAUGUCGUUAAAUAGUCUAACAGAAGUUAAUUCAUAUAUAUUUCGAAAUUGUAUUAAUUUAAAAUACAUAAAUAUGUCACAGUGCCUUAUAGAGUAUGUUGCAUCCGAUAGUUUUAAAUCAUUGCAGAAAUUAGAAUCUAUCAAUCUAAGUAAUAACAAAAUAAUUGCCAUAGAAUCAGAUACUUUCCACAACCUGCAAAAUUUAAUAGUUUUAGAUAUAUCUGAAAACAAUUUAGAAUCCAUCAAGGAAAACGCCAUCUCCAACUUAGAUUCUCUUGAGGAAAUCUUAGUUUCUAGGAAUAAUUUUUAUGAAACUCAUAAACUAACUAUUUACAGUGGUGCUUUUCAAGACCUAAGUAAACUUAAAGAACUGCGACUUUCUGAAUUAGGAAUUGUCAAAAUUAUGCCCGGAGCUUUUAAAAAUCUUUUAAACUUAAAUAUCAUUGAUUUAAGGAAUAAUGAUUUCACUGCCAUUGAUAGUGUUUUUUCUAAUAUCCAGACUCAAGCAUUAUAUUUAGGUAAAAUAUCUGAUCCACUGCAUUUUGAUUCAUCCGUUAACAUUACUAACUUGUUCCUACAAACCGAUUACCAAGAAAUAUUAGAAGAACAAUUUAUUGUUAGCAUCAACUUGAAGCAUUUACAUAUUUUGGAUUCUACUAUUUCGCAUAUAUCGGAUAAUUUUCUAUUGGGCUCAUAUAAAUUAGAAUAUAUACACUUUGAAAAUACAACUGUAAAAUCUGCAGGUUCCAAAGUUUUUGCUGGUUUAUUUAACUUGUUGGAUUUAAAUGCAACAAUUUUCUUCAACGAGAUAGAAGUUCUCGAAGAUAAUAUGUUCAAUGAUUUAUUUAAUCUAAAAUCUCUACAUAUAUCAAAUGGUAAGUUGACGAAAAUCAAAAAAGAUGCUUUUUUUGGGCUAAACAACUUACAAAAUUUAUUUUUAAAUAACAAUCAGAUUGAUCAGUUGGAUCUAACACCUUUCAGGAAUCUUAAUCUAUCUCUAUUAGAUUUAUCAAACAACGCUUUCGAAACUAUAGAUAUAAAAUCUAUAACUAGAAGCCUACCUUAUUUGAAAACUUUGGAUCUUGGUGAUUGUCAACUAAAAAAUUUGAGUGUAACCAAUACGAUAGUGAACGAAAACUUGGAAACCUUGAUUUUAUCUAACAAUAUGUUAACUGAUAUACCUUAUUUGAUUGUUGAGUCAUUUCCAAACUUACGGAUUUUACAUAUUAACCAAAACAUGUUAUCAGAAAUCCGCCCUCCACAUAAUUGCCCAAAUAUAACGGAAAUAAGAGCAGAUGGCAACAAUUUAAUAAAUUUGUAUGAACUUAGUGAUAAAAAUAAAUUGAAAUUUUUAAAUAUCUCCGAUAACCCAAAUUUGGGUAUAUACGUGGACCUAACUUAUUUAGGAGCACUUCCAGACUUGGAAACAUACUUAAUGGAUAAUACUGACAUAAGACUAAGAUUUGAUCUAGUUAGUAAUUACUUUCCUAGUUUACAAAAGGUAGGACUUAACUAUAACCAUUACCAUUGCGAUGAUUUACAAAAUCUUUUACAAAAACUGGACAAAAGAAAUAUAAGUUAUGUACCGAAUAAUCCUAGGUAUGACAUUGAUAAUGUCGAAGGAAUAACUUGUUCAAAUAAAACAACAUUAUUAUCAACGUAAUCAUCAUCAGCUAUCACAACCACGUUCUUUACACUCUCGACCAUAGACAAAACAUUAUAGGUCCCACAUCUUAACAGUUUUAGUAAUUUAGUUUAUUUAGUGAGUUGCUUAAUGUAUAGGAAGGGUAUAGGAAAAAAAAACAAUUAAAAUAGCAAAGAGAAAUAUAACUUUAUCGUGUAUAAUUCAAAAACAAAAUGGAAGAAAGCGGAUAUUAUAAAUGAUGCAAGGAAACACAAGGUAUACCAAGAGAUACCAGUCUUUAUCUACAUGACAAUUAUGUAAUUUAAAAAUGGUUUUUUAGGUUUGAACUAAUGUUUAAUUAUUAUCUGAACAUGUCAGGUUUUGGUACCAAUAAAAGAGGUAUUUAGAAAUAGAUCUAGGUCAAGAUUAGAUUACUAUGAUGUUAUUUAAAAGAAAUUGCGAUUUUCGUUUCAUGCGAUACAAGACCCAGAAUUAGGAAGGCCUAUUAUGUAUGUACAUCAUACCUCUCCUAAUUCUGGCCAUUCAUCUCUGUUAUGUGUAAGACGUUUCCACAUUGGCCCUGCAGUUCUUUUAAUAUUAUCGCUACAUCGCAUAUUCGAUCUUCCUCGUGGUCUUUUGGCUUCAUAUGGCAGCCAAUUCCCGAUUUCUUUAUUUUAUCGGCCAUCCGUAAGAUUACUGUUAUGUCCAGCCCAUUUCCAUUUCAGUUUAGCUGCGUGUUCGACAGCUUAUUUUACUUUUGUUCUAUUACGAAUGUCUUUAUUGGUUUUAUGGCCUUUAACUGAGAUACCCAGCAUCUGUCGUUCCAUAGCUCUCUGAGUUUUUCUGAUUUUCUCCAUGUUAAUUUAGUGAAAGUCCAGGUUUGAGCUCCAUAUGUAAGCACAGGUAGGAUACAGGAAUAAAACACUUUGAUUCGCAGUCUUUGAGAGUCUUCCGAUAGCUGCCCAUCCCAUUUUUACACGUCUGCUUAUUUCGGUAGUCUAAUUUUCUUUGCUUACCUUGACAUUGUGACCCAGUUGUGUAUAUUCAUUUACGUGUUCUAUCUCUGUCCCUUCGAUGUUUAUCAUAGGUUUGUCAUCUUUGUUUGACUUUAGUUUAGUUUUGCUGAAAUUCAUUUUCAGUCCAUUUUUUGGGGAUUCUGUGUACAGCUCCUCAAUCAUCGUAUUCAGUGCAUUCCACGUGUCUUCUAUUAAUACUACAUCAUAUGCGUAUCUAAGAUGGUUCAAGUAUCUUCCGUUAAUAGGGAUUCCUUUAUUUUCCCAGUCUAUUGACUUAAAGAUAUCUUCUAAGGCAGCUGUAAAUAAUUUUGGAGAUAGUGUGUCUCAUAACGAGUAGCAUCAAAGAAGCAGCAGAGGAGGUCAUUGGACUAAAAACUAAUUCCGUUAGUAAAAAACUUUGGUGGAAUCAAGAAAUUAAAGAACUAGUACUCCGAAAGAAAAAAGCAUACCACAAAUGGCUAAACACUAAACAGGAGUUAGAUAGAGAAGAAUACAAUGAUAUUAAAAGAACACAUGAACGAAUAAGAAUAGUAAACACAACUAAACGAGAAAUGUGGGACAAAAAAUGCAAAGAGAUAGACACUUAUAUGGGAGGUAAAAAAUGCUCAGAGACGUGGAAAUUACUGACAAAACUUAAAUCAAAUGAAAAAAGAGAAACAAACAUACAAUUAAUAACAACAGAGAACUGGAUCUGACUUUACGAAAAUCUAUUAACAGAAAACAGAGAGAAAUAUAGAGAAAUGUCUCCAACUGAAAUACACAUACAGGGAGAAACGAUAAACAUCGAUGAGAGGACUGUCAUAAAAAUGAUACAACUACUAAAAUAUUGUCGAGCUGCAGGUCCGGAGGGAAUUCCAGCAGAACUAAUCAAAUGUGGCACCAACAAACUGUUUGAACGAUUAACCUGGUGUAUAAACCAAUAUCUAAACGGUGCACCAGUCCCGCAUAAAUGGAAAGUAUCUUUCAUAUCAUCUAUACAUAAGAAAGGAAGUAAACUGGACUGCUCAAAUUUUCGAGGCAUAUCAGUAACCAGUACCUUAAGUCGCCUAUAUGGAAGGAUACUUUGAGACAUUAUCGAACAAGAAUAUAUGGAACAAGAAGAAGAGUAACAAUUUGGCUUUAGGGCGGGAAGGAGCUUCACCGAUAAUGUGUUUGUUUUGAAACAAAUAAUAGAAAAAAGAUCAAGUACCAACCAAGAAACCCACCUUAUGUUUAUAGACCUUCAGAAGGCCUAUGAUACUGUACCCGCUAAAAAGCUAUGGAAGUUUUGCAGGAAACAAACAUUAACCACACAGUAAUUAACGCCCUUAAAUAGCUUUUUGAAGGAUCAACGUCGGGAAUAAAAAAUGAAAAUAGACUUUCAAAAAAAUUUCCUAUAAACAAGGGACUCCGGCAGGGGUGUUGCAUAUCCCCCACAUUGUUUAAAAUCUACGUGGCGAAAGCACUGUAUCAGUGGAAGAGAAAGUGCAGAGGAAUGGGCAUUGACCUGGGAGAAACUUGCCUAUAUACCCUACAGUUUGCAGACGAUCAAGUCCAUAUAGCCAACAAUAAAGAAGACCUGACAUAUAUGGCCAGAAAACUACAGGAAGAAUACAAAAAGUGGGGUUUAGAACUCAAUACACAAAAAACAAAAUAUCUCCCAAUAGGCGUAGAACUAUCCAACAUUCAGAUGGACACAACCGAAAUUGCAUUCUGCACUAAAUAUACCUACCUAGGAAUUGAUUUCGACACCACAGGCACAGACAAUAGGGAAAUUAGAAAACGAAUAACAUAGGCCCGUAGAACAAUUGGAUGCCUUAACGGAGUUCUUUGGAGCUCAGGAAUUGGUAAAAGACGAAAAUACAAUAUAUAUAUAUGAAUCUCUCAUAAAAACCAGCUUAACCUAUGGUACAGAGACAUGGAGACUAACAGAAAGCAAUAAAAGAAAACUCGAAGCAACAGAAAUGGAUGUAUUUAGACGAUCACUUCAAAUAUCUAGGGCAGACAGAAUUAGAAACGAUGAAAUAAGGAAUCGGAUGGGGGUAGAUGGAUCACUGGCAACAGACAUAGAAAGGAAACAACUUAAAUGGUAUGGCCAUGUUCAAAAAAUGCCAGAAACAAGACUACCAAAAAUCGCCAUGAAAUGGAGUGGAUACCACCAAAUCGUAAGAAACGAGGAAGACCAAAAAGAACAUGGAAAGGGGGAAUAACAAAAGAAAUGAGCUGUCGAGACUUGACCGAAGAACAAUGGAAUGAUAGAAAUUCGUGGAAAUUAGUGUCUCCUUGUCUUACUUCUCGGUUGAUCUUUACUGGUCUUGUUUCGAUUCUAUUACCCAAUGUCACUAUCAUUUUAGCUCGUGCGGAAAUAUUAUAAAAUAUUAAUAAUAAUAAAAAUAUAAUAUAUUUAAUAAAAAGCAUUUGAACCACUUAAUUAAUUUUUUAUACACCAGUAAACAUUUUUUGGUUAUCAAUUUAAAUCUGUCAAAAAUAUGUCGUAAUUACGUGAAACUUAAGUAUAUUGUGUCACUUAGUAUAUUCUUGUAUUCCUGUGCGGUUCUCUAGAGAAAUUUGAAAAUGGCUACAGUGAAUUUUGAAAAUUAUCUUAAACUAUCAAUAAAUAACUAGUUUCAUUAAAUCAGUUUAAGGAAAUUGACAAAAUAAAUUAGUCUGUUCCAGCAAUCGUAUACAAGAUAAAGACGAUUAAUCCUUUUUUUUUUCCACAGUAGUAAUUAAAUAUUAAACAUAGACUAUUAACUAUGCGACGCGCGAGGUAAUAACAGAAAAAUUUGCGGAAUAUACUGACGGACACAGGAGCUUUUAAAUAAGAUAUUACUUAUACAAUAUAAUUUAUUUUGAAGAAUUGUAAAGAUAUUGUGUUUAUUACUUUGAAUAUUAUCGAAAAUUUAAUGAUUUAUGUGUUAAGGUUUAAAAAAUAUCAGCGGCGAGAUUUUAAAGUUAGAUUUUAUAUGAUUAUUACGUUAUACUUGAUUGUAAUAAAUGUAAUCAAAACUAUUUAUGUGGUCUUAAUAACUUUUUUUAUAUUUUUUAAAUAUUUAACAAUACUAUGUAAAUAAAAAAAUAUUAACUC